CGGAAAAGCGCCCCAAAAAAGGAGUGGAAGCCCAAGGGGACAAGCAAAGCAAACUUCUCCUUCCUCCCAGCCCCAUUCCUUCCCCAUCCCGUUGGAUCAGUACCAUCGUGAGCAGAUUCGAAGCAGCCGGUGGCAAAAAUCCGGCCGGUUGACCGGUGCUCUCAGCCCAUCAUCAUCCCAUUCCCAUUGCACGCGGCGUCCGGCGAGGCAGAGGAGGGGGGAGAGUCCGCCGUCAAACUCUAUCCGAUCGGCGUAGGGGCGCGGGGCUCCGACAACUUUGGUCCCCGCUCCCCACUUGGGCGCCGCCGCCGGUCGCUGCGGAUGCUGCGGGCGCCCGCCGCGCCCACUGGACCCCGGUAACGCCCCCGCGCGGCGCCUCGCCCCGCGUGCCCGCCCGCGGGCGGCCAGCUCCAUGCCGGCCGCCGCGGCUACAUAGAUAGGUAGCUGCGCGCUGGCUGAAUGCUCCCGUCCGCUGCAGUGCGGCGCGUUGAAGGCUUUCGCUGCGUGGGUUGCGCGUUCCCUCCCUUGGCUGCUUGAGUUUGGUCUGAGUUUGGAUGGGCCAGAUGGUUUCGGAUGAUAAAUUCGAAGAACAGGCAGCACGCGACGGCGGUAUCAUCAAGAAUGGAAGGGAAAUCCUAUUCCAGGCUUUUAACUGGGAAUCAAAUAAGCAUAACUGGUGGAGGAAUUUGGAGGAGAAAGUUACUGAUCUUGCAGAAUCUGGGUUUACGUCAGUGUGGCUUCCUCCACCAACACAGUCAUUAUCUCGAGAAGGCUAUCUACCACAGAACCUGUACUGCCUUGACUCAUGUUAUGGUUCCCUCCACGAGCUAAAAUCGUUGCUUCAUAAAAUGAGCGAACACAAUGUAAGGGCUAUGGCAGAUGUUGUUCUCAACCAUCGAAUUGGGACUACUCAAGGAUCCAAUGGCAUGUAUAAUCGUUAUGAUGGCAUCCCAAUAUCAUGGGAUGAACAUGCUGUUACAUCUUGUUCUGGUGGGAAGGGAAACAAGAGCACUGGGGAUAACUUUGAUGGGGUUCCCAACAUAGAUCAUACACAACCAUUUGUACGCAAAGAUAUUAUCGAAUGGUUGAUCUGGCUUCGAAAAUCUGUUGGUUUUCAAGAUUUUCGCUUUGAUUUCACGAAAGGUUACGCAGCCAAGUUUGUGAAAGAAUACAUUGAGGAAUCAAAACCUCUUUUUGCAGUUGGGGAAUACUGGGAUAGCUGUGAAUAUAGCCCCCCUGACUACCGACUGAACUAUAAUCAAGAUAGCCAUAGGCAGAAAAUUAUUAAUUGGAUAGAUAACACUGGAGGACUUUGUGCCGCAUUUGAUUUCACGACAAAGGGUAUUCUUCAGGAAGCUGUCAAAGGAGAGUUGUGGCGUUUGCGAGACCCAGAAGGAAAACCACCUGGUGUGAUGGGAUGGUGGCCUUCAAGAUCAGUUACAUUUAUUGAAAAUCAUGACACUGGGUCCACUCAGGGUCAUUGGCCUUUUCCAUCUGAUCAUAUUAUGGAGGGAUAUGCUUAUAUACUCACCCACCCUGGCAUCCCCACGGUGUUCUAUGAUCACUUCUAUGACCAGGGAGUGCCUCUCCAUGAUGAAAUUGCUAAACUGAUGCAAAUCAGGAAAUGCCAAGACAUACAUAGCCGUUCAUCAAUCAAAAUUCUGGAGGUUAGGUCAGAUCUGUACUCAGCAAUCAUCGACGAUAAGUUGUGCAUGAAGAUCGGGGACGGCUCGUGGUGCCCAAGCGAUCCAGAGUGGAUGCUGGCAGUCUCUGGCGACAGAUAUGCUGUAUGGCACAAGUGAAGCAUAUAACUAUACAAGUAGCUGCGAUACAGCUUUUAUCUCUGCUUGUAAGUUGAAGAAUAGCAUGCUAAAAUGACGCUCUUCGAGGUUACCUGUGCAACAAGAGUUUCUAGUGUGUUUGUCACGGUAGAGGGUAAAUGUGAUGUUAAUUAGAAUUAAUUGAGAUCAUGCUCAGCUGCCGGCUCCGAGAUGAGAUAUACAUUCUGCUAAUUGCAGCAACUAGGGAUUACCUGCAAAAGAAUUAUAUAAAGGGUAUGUGAUGCCUACGUGGAUUAUUUUAUACUGGAACCAGAAAUUUGAGUUGUUUAUAAAAAAAAUACAGGCCCUUGAAUUUCUACUU